AUGUUCAAUCAGGAGAGUGACAAUGAUACUCUCACUACUGAUUUCAUUCUCCUGGGACUCUGGCCUGAGUUCAGUCACCUUAUGUUCCUCAUCUGCCUCAUCCUUGUGGUCUACUUGGUGGCUGUUAUGAGUAACACUAUUCUCAUUCUUGUCAUCUGGCUGGAUUCCAGACUCCACUCUCCCAUGUACUUCCUUCUCAGCCAGCUCUCCCUCAUUGACUUGGCCUUGAUCUCAACUUCUGUCCCCAAAAUGGUCACAAACUUCUUCUCAGGGAAGAAAGCCAUAUCCCAAGUGGGCUGUGGAACACAGAUCUUCUUCAGCAUAGCCCUAGGGAUUGCUGAGUGCCUCCUGCUUACCCUCAUGUCCUAUGACCGCUACAUUGCCACCUGUAACCCACUGCACUACUCAGUCAUCAUGAGCCACACCAUCUGUGCACAAAUGACCAUUGUUUCCUGGGUGGGAGGGGCAGUGACUUCCCUGGCUCAUACAGCCUAUGCUAUGCACCUUCCCAUCUGCCAUCCUCGAGAGAUCCCACAUUUUCUGUGUGAGGGCUUGGCUCUCUUGAUGCUCACUUGUGAGGACAUUACAGUGUAUUUGAAGUCAGUGGUGGUCACAAGCUUUCUGGUGGUCCUCAUUCCCCUAAGCCUCAUUCUGGCCUCCUAUACCCUCAUCUUCCUCACUGUCCACUGCAUGAGCUCCACUGAGGGCAGAAGCAAAGCUCUGGCCACCUGCUCCUCCCACCUCUCUGUGGUCACCCUCUACUUUGGCCCUGCCAUACUGGUCUACAUGAGGCCUGGUUCCUCCACGACCCCCAAAUUAAACCAGUCUCUCUUCAUGUUUAAUGCCAUCCUUACCCCUAUGCUGAACCCUCUCAUCUAUAGUCUCAGAAACAAGGAUGUCAGAGCAGCUGUGAAGAGGAUCAUCAUCAGUAGAUGUCCCAUGCAAAAGAGAAAAUGGUCCCUAGGUUGCUGUACCUAA